ACAUGAUUCUAAAUGUGACACCGAGCAUUUAGGCGCUUUCUCUUAAAUUCGGUGUGAUCACUAAACACACUCGCUCUCUCUUACAGUAUCUUCCACGCACCAAUGAAAACCAUACACGUACCCAAUCGUGACAUACAUUCGCUCUUAGAACAGUUGUAACUGUAUUAAAUCAUAUUCCACCGCCACAACAUUUCACGAGUGCCCCAUGUGCUCCCCGGCGCACAUUAGCAUAUGCCAUCCCAACCCCAACCCCUACCACCUCUUUUUCUUCUUCAUCUAGGGUCUGUCCAUAAUAACAAACCACUGCUUUUUUACUCUCUUUCUCUCCAUCACACACAUUUGCGCAAAAGAACACACACGGUAAUGGCGAAAUCAGUGUUGAUGUUAGCGCUAUGUGUACUAUUGCCGGCGCUCAUCAGUGCUUCACGUCCGAUGUCGCGUCCGUUUCUCUUGCAAGGCAGAGUUUACUGCGAUACUUGCCGUGCCGGUUUUGAAACCUCCGCCACCACUUACAUUCCUCGUGCUAAGGUGAGGGUGGAGUGCAAGAACAGGCAACAGAAAGUCCUGUACAGCAUGGAGGGAAUGACUGAUGCAACAGGAACAUACCACAUCCGUGUGAAUGAAGAUCAUGGUGACGAGACAUGUGAUGUGGUCCUUGUCAGCAGCCCAGUUGGCAACUGCAAUAAGGCUGACCCGGGACGUGACCGUGCGCGUGUGGUUCUCACCAGCUACAAUGGGAUUGUGUCCGACACACGUUUUGCAAAUGCCAUGGGGUUUAUGAAGGAUGAGGUCAUGUCUGGUUGCACCACACUCCUUCAGUCUCUCAUGGAAGAAGAGGAUUAGAAAAUUUGUGUUUCCUAAAUUCUUGUUUAGUAUGGGUUUUAUGAGUAAUGGUUGCUUAAUACACAUUCUAUUUUUUUGUUUGUAAUGUUGUGGUUGAUAUAAAGGAUUAACAACGAAACAUCUUGUUUCGGAUGGAAUGGGAUGUUCAUGAAUCAUGCAUAUGCAGAGUGUCUUGUUUUGAUUUCUAUAUAUGAUUGGUGUGUUGAUGAGUGUUAACUUACUUUUCUCAAGAUGGUAGAUAAAUAACAAAGAAG